AGCCGCCCCUCCCCCUGGCCCUCCUUCCCAUUAGUACCACUACGAUACGACAGACGACGACGUUGCUGCGCGCGCCAUCAUGGACCUCGUCCAUGCGCCCGUGGCUGGCGGUCAACCUCGCCCCCUCGCGCAGGCUUCGCACGCUUCGCCCUCGUCUACGUCUACGUCGUCCCUCGCUGGCGCUGCGUCCACUUCUCCUGCUUCAACACAGGGAGUUGCGACGGGCAUUGCUCCAAAGUCGACGCAGAUAUCGUCGCCAGGGAGCGGCAGCGCAGCCGUAGCCCCCGCAACCGCAGCUGGACCAUCUGCGUCUGGCUCUGCGCCUGGCACAGCGUCUGGCUCGCAGAGUAAACCACCACCACCUCCUCCUGCUGCUGGCACAAAGACGACGCCCACGAUUCGCAAAAAGAGGCUGAGUUGCUCCGAAUGCUUCCGGCGCAAGCAACGCUGUGUGCCGCCAUUCCCCUGCAUCAAUUGCCGCAAUCGCGGAGUAGCUGACCAAUGCAGGCCGCCUCCUCCCAUCCCAUCAUCCAACGGCGCCAAUCGCAACCAGCAUCAGCAGCCACGUCGCCCCAUCAAUGGCCGCACAAACUCGUCCGACGCUCAGGCGCAACGCCAAGUGCGCUUCCAAGAUAACGACAAGAAGAGGCGAAGAUCAGAGACCGAGGAAGACUCUGCCCCGUCCGGUCAACAUGACUACUACGACGACGACGAGUACGACGAGUACGAGUACGAGUACACCGAUGGGAGCGACGAAGGCCAAGACGCAGAGCAGAGCACCAGCAGCGUCGCCGUCGCUCAGCAGCCUGAACCGCUGCCCAAGAUCAUGAAGCGACCUCGCGCAGGGACAGGAUCGUCGGCUACCUCCUUUGUGGGCGACGCAGGGGGGAGAGCGCCGGAGUACGUCAACCAAGAUAUAGGAUACCAAGGGCCAGGCGCGCUGGACGCCGUGUCCAACUUGUCCGGCUUGACUCGCAGCACCGGGAUGUCCCCGCGAUCCCUCGAGUGGAAUGCGCUCAUGGGCAGACCGCAUCCGAGCCACAUUCAAGAAGAACUGCGCCUCAUUCUCGGUCCAUACCCUAAUCUAGAGACGAGGAUGGGCUAUUGCCAGUUGUUCCUCGACAGAUUCAACUGGGCGCGCCAUCCAAUCGACGAGCAGCAUGCCCGCCAAGCAUGUUCCAUCGACUUCCAGCUAUCCCCGGACCACGCAUCGGUCACAGAGCGCCUACCCCUCCUCGCCCUGGCCCUCGCCAUCAUGAGCGUAGGCUCGAUGGAGAGUCCGCAGCAAGGAUUGAACGUCAAAGUACACUCUGAGCACCUUUUCUUCCUCUGUCGCAAGACGUUGACUCUCUGCGAAUUCUUGGGCAAGUGCGAUAUCAAUUCGUGCUGGGCACACUGGAUCGCCGUUCGCUACCUCGACAUUCGUCGCGCAUCCCGCGCCUGUUGGCAUGCCGUCGGCGCUUGGAUCCGGCACUGCCUUGACGUGGGACUCCAUCACCGCGAGCCCCUCGAAGGUGAAACGUCCAUCGAAACCGCCAAACGCCACGCCUUCUGGUACUACGUCCUCUUCAACGAGCUCGAGUGGAGCUUCAUCUUUGCUCGCCCAGCCUACUUCAACCCUAGCCUCCUAAUCGAGGUGCAGCGCGAGUCUCUGGACUUCCUCGACUUUGCAGAGCGAGAGUUCCAGCUGGCUCGCAACGCCUUCGUCCCCUGCUUUCGCGCCCUCGACGAGGCCUUCACCUGGUCAAAGAACCGCCGCCGGCACACCGAUGGGACCACCAAGAUCGAAAAGGCAGACCAGUCGAUGCAGCGCUGGGCCAACGCCUUGCCCUCGAUCCUCCGCUUCCCGCCCUACGCCCCCGUCGACAACAAGCUCGACGCCUUCUUCCCCAAGCUGCGCUUCUACCGCCAUGUCCUCACGGGCCUCCACCACCUGCACCGCGGCCUCCUGCAUCGUCCCAACCUCUUUGCCCUCUUCGAGUCACAGCUCUCUGUACCGGAGACGGACCCUAUCCGCACCUCCGCCACCAUCUGCAUCCAGACGGCCACCGAGGACAUGCGCGCGCAACGCCUCGCCGCCGCGCAGCUCAACGACGACGAAAAGGGCCAGGCGUACGCGGCGGGCAACCUGCCCUACCACACGGCGACGGUCCUGCUUCUCGGUCUCAUCCUGGACAGCAAAGGCGGGAAAUGCAUAGCAGAGGAGGACCUGCGAGAGAAGUUCGCCUUCAUCUCCGACGUGGCGAGGGACAAUCUGCGUUUCUCCCAAGCUCCGUUAGCAGGGCACACUCCGCGCUUCCUCGACGUGCUGCAGGGCCUCGUAGGCAAGCUGGGUAGCACAAACGAGGAGCACAUGGCGCAGCACUCUGGUCACACGUCGCCUCAACAGUGCAGCGCGUCGUCGGUCCUCCCGGCGCUGAUCAACGAGUUCGAACGCAUCUUCGACGACGAUCAGCAGCCUAGCACUGCGGCGGGUGGCGUGCCCGGGUUGACGCCGUGGGACUCCUUCAUGAGCGGUGGCAGCGGGGGUGGUGGGGACAGCCUGAACCUCGCGCCUGCGAUGAAUGACUUCAACGAUGAUCCGGACGCGUGGCUUGCGCUGCUCAACGGCAUUGUGGGUUCGGCGUGAGCGAGUUGGGAGAGGGGGCAACGGGGCGGUGUGGGAGGCAGGGAGAGCACACCGGGUCGGCGUUGAUUCGUUCGCGGCGGUGCGCAUUCAUUGUACCAUUGGUCGGUGGGCGACGGUCCUCUCUUGUACUAUCAUACGAAAUCGCGAAUCGACUUUCCAUUCCUGCG